AGGGGAAGAGAAACAAACUACUGCAGGAAAUGGCACCAUUGUGGGAGGGGCAGACACACAAACUACUGCAGGGAAAUCUCACCAUUGUGGGAGGGGCAGAGACACAAAACUACUGCAGGGAAAUCUCACCAUUGUGGGAGGGGCAGAGACACAAACUACUGCAGGAAAUCUCACCCAUUGUGGGAGGGGCAGAGACACAAACUACUGCAGGAAAUCUCACCAUUGUGGGAGGGGCAGAGACACAAACUACUCCAGGAAAUCUCAUCAUUGUGGGAGGGGCAGAGACACAAACUACUGCAGGGAAAUCUCACCAUUGUGGGAGGGGCAGAGACACAAACUACUGCAGGAAAUCCCAUCAUUGUGCAAGGGGCAGAGACACAAACUACUGCAGGAAAUAUCCCCAUUGUGGGAGGAGCAGAGACACAAACUACUGCAGGAAAUCUCCCCAUUGUGGGAGGGGCAGAGACACAAACUACUGCAGGAAAUCUCCCCACUGUGGGAGGGGCAGAGACACAAACUAUUGCGAGAAAAUCUCAUCAUUAAAUGGAAAGUAUCACAAAACAAAGAUAAAGGAGCUGAUACUGCUCAUG